AUGGUUGUCAGUUCUUCAGCACCCAACCCGGGGCUUACUGCGGUAUCCCGGCGUCGCGCUGGGCUCGCUGGCCCCUCGGGAAUCAAGGGUCUUAUGUCAAAUCUCCGAAUCUUUGCUAUCGCAGUUUUUGCAUCACUCGGUGGCCUUGUGUAUGGCUACAAUCAAGGAAUGUUCGGUCAGAUUCUGAGCAUGACCUCCUUUUCCAACACUGUGCACCCGGAGUCUAUUACAAACCCCACAUUGAGAGGAUUUCUUACGGCUAUCUUGGAGCUGGGAGCCUGGGUUGGCGUUUUGGUAAAUGGCGUUCUUGCAGAUGCUCUAGGCCGUAAGGAGGCUACAGUUUCCGGAGUUGCAGUCUUCCUCAUCGGUGUCAUUGUCCAAGCAUGUGCGAAAAACGCUGACUACAUCCUCGGCGGACGCUUUGUGACUGGUAUCGGUGUUGGUAUCCUCUCUAUGAUCGUGCCUUUGUACAAUGCAGAGCUCGCGCCGCCUGAGCUGAGAGGCUCCCUUGUUUCCCUCCAGCAGCUUGCCAUUUGCUUUGGAAUCAUGGUAUCCUACUGGAUCGGAUAUGGUACUAACUACAUUGGAGGAACUGGCGAGAGCCAAUCGAAUGCAGCAUGGUUGGUUCCCGUGUGCAUCCAAAUUAUCCCCGCCAUAGCACUCGGAGUUGGAAUCCUUUUCAUGCCCCCAAGCCCCCGCUGGCUAAUGGUAAAAGGGAGAGAAGAAGAAUGCUUGGCCGUAAUUGCGAACCUACGCAGUCUACCCGCCGACAGUGAGCUUGUGCAACUUGAAUACCUAGAAGUGAAGGCACAAGACCGGUUUGAAAAAGAGACGUCCUUGGCAAAGUUCCCUCAAUACCACAGCCCAGGGUGGAUGAACAAAUUCAAACUUGAAUUCCACGAAUACGCUAGCUUGGUGACGAACAGGUCAUUGUUCAAACGCACUAUUGUUGCUGUCUUUAUCAUGGUUUUCCAGCAAUGGUCCGGAAUCAACGCUAUUCUUUAUUAUGCAGCGUUCAUUUUCAAAGAUUUGGGCCUUACUGGAAAUACUGUGUCUUUGCUCGCUAGCGGAGUCGGUGGUAUUCUCCUGUUUCUUGCUACCAUCCCUGCAGUGCUCUAUAUUGAUCAGCUUGGACGCAAGCCCGUCUUGAUCGCAGGAGCCAUUGGCAUGGGUGUUUCUCAUUUCAUUGUGGCUGGCCUUGAUGGACAAUACAACACCAGCUGGGCUGAUCAUAAGGCUGCGGGCUGGGUUGCUGUUGUUUUCGUCUGGAUUUAUCAAAUUAACUUUGGCUACUCAUGGGGUCCAGGUGCAUGGGUGAUGGUCGCUGAGAUCUUCCCUCUUGGAGUCAGAGCCAAGGCUAUCUCAAUCGGUGCUUCUUCUAACUGGCUUAAUAACUUUGCUAUUGGUCAAGCCACCCCCCAGAUGGUUGCGCAAAUGGGCUACGGAACUUUCAUCUUCUUUGGAGUCAUGUGCAUCCUUGGUGCACUUUUCAUCUAUUUUGUGGUCCCUGAGACCAAAAAUUUGACUCUUGAGGAAAUGGAUGAAGUCUUUGGGGAUGAAGCCGGUAGCGCGAUUGAGGACAGGAAUCGCUUGCUUCAGAUUUACACUGAGUUGGGACUCUUGGACUUUGGUUCCUCCGAGGAAAAGCCCGAGGCUGUAAUUCCGUGA